AUGGCUUGUCUCUCGAGCUCAUCCCACCUCAUUCCCCAAAAUCUCCAUUUUAUCAUUCUAACCUCGUCCUUGGUUUCCCCAUAUAAACAAGACGUGGUAGUAAAGAUUGGUAUUGGUACCAUCGACAUCGAGGGUGAUGUCGCUUACAAAUCUUAUCUGUUAGCAUUGGACACUGGAUCCGACUUAAUAUGGAUUCAGUGUGAGGAAUGCAAGAUUCAAGAUGAAAACCAUAGGUGCUAUCCUCAGAAAGAAGAACCGUUUCCGGAUAGCAAGUCAAGAACCUUCCAACCUCUGCCUUCAAGUCACCCCCUCUGCAAACACAGUCGCUCCGACGAAAAAGGCCACUGCAUAUACACGGUGAAGUACAAAACUGAAUCCAUCAAUAGCACAGGCGUGCUUUCCAGUGAGACCUUCAGAUUCCCUCUACUUCGUCACCAAGUGAUAGCAGGGAUUUUUGGCAUGAGCCCUGGUCCCCUUUCUUUUCUAAGCCAAUAUAAACCAAAGAAAUUUUCAUACUGCAUGGUUCCGCGCCAUGUGAAAAACCCUCCUCCAACCUACCUGAGGUUUGGCUCAGAAGUGAAGCCGUUUACAAGGUUCCAGACGGUGGAUCUUCUUAUGACUAAGGCAACUAAAAAUCACUUUGUUCUGCAGCUGGAAGACCUUGGAGUAAACGGCAAGAGGCUUUGGAUUGAUCGGAGGAGGCUUGGAAAUCAGCAGUUAGUUGUUGACUCUGGCUCCACUGAUUCAUGUAUGCUGAACGGUGCCCAUGAAAAAACUUGUGAGUAA